AUAGAGGGAGAGAAAAAAAAAGAAUUCGAGACCCCAGCCGAGGCACAACUAGCUCGGCCAGCCCCCUUCCACUUAACACACGUCUCUCCUCUACUCAACAUUACCCCGAAGUCGAGAGCCGGCUCGCGAUGCUGUCGCCCACAAAGCCCGAGUCGCAGAGGUCCAAAGUUUGUAAUUGAUACCGAGACAUGAUGCAAGCUGCUCAAUCUCAGAACGGAGCCGUAUCCGGACCCCAGCAGCAGAACCACGUGUCGCUACACAGCAAACAGGAACCCGACAGCGACGACGGUAAUAACGCCCUGCAGAGCGGGGACGAGAAUGAUCAAGACGACGACCACGACAGUACCGGCGCUGUGCGUAACGGGAAACGCAAGAGACCAAUUUCCGUCUCUUGUGAAACUUGCAAACAAAGAAAGGUAAAAUGCGAUCGUGGACAACCGUCAUGUGGUUGGUGCAGGCGAAAUUCUGUCUUUUGCGAAUAUCGCGAACGCAAGAAGCCCGGCUUGAGAGCUGGCUACGGCCGGGAGCUGGAGCAGAGGCUCGAUAAACUUGAGGAGAUACUGAGAUCUCAUUCCGAGAUCUUGCAGGCAUCCUUUAUUAACCACGCUCACCACAACAUUGCCCAGAGCGUGCGCAACAGCAACCCAAGUCUACCGAGCGAUCACGGCACACCGCGUGACCCAGCGUCGCUGUUCCGGCCUGGUGAAUCUAUCAGGACUCCCCAAGCUGAGACUGCAUUGUUUUUGCAAAAGCCUUCCACGUUCCCUACGACGUCACAACAUGUCGACUUUGGCUUACCUCCUCCGACCCCGUCAAUUCACUCUGUGCAUGAUGGUUUCCAAUCACAGAUGCCUAUGUCUGGCAUCUCCCCCUCUAAUCAGCUAGGGCCUGGCCUUCAACCGGGUCCUACGGCUCAGGAAUAUUACGGACAGUCGCAACAACAGCCAGUUCGAUCUCCCGGCAUGAGCGUGGCACAAGGUCAGACGCAGAUAUCGUCAGAUCAGGAUCUUCCACCAUACGAUCUCCUGUACGCGUUAGUAGAUUUAUACUUCAAACAUAUUAAUACCUGGUGCCCUAUCCUACAUAGGAAAUCUACCUUAGAUUCACUAUUCGGACCCUCGACACUAGACGACACCGAUAAGGUACUGUUACAUGCUAUUGUCGCCGCUACUCUAAGGUACUCGACAGAUGCCCGACUCACAGAAGACAAAAGGCGGCACUACCACGACGUCUCGAAAGAGAGGGUUCUCCUCUACGGCAUGGAAAACUCGUCGGUCAAGGCGUUGCAGGCCCUAGUCAUCCUGGCACUCGACUUGUGCGGUAGCAGCAACGGUCCUCCAGGCUGGAACAUCAUGGCCUUGAUUACUCGCUCUGUCGUGCAGCUAGGUCUGGCUGUCGAGAGCAACUCGCUUUCCGUAUCGCCAAGCUAUGCUUCGAUAUAUACCUUGCGAGCAAUGGUUUUGCCAGAGCCGAAAGAUUUCAUCGAGGAAGAGUCAAGGCGGCGAUUAUUCUGGAUGAUAUACCUCUUGGAUCGGUACGCUACAAUCGCCACUGCCUUCGACUUCGCUCUGAACGACAAGGAGAUCGACCGGACACUUCCCUGCCGGGAUGACCUGUGGAUUAAGAAUCAAAAGGUGGAAACAAGGUGGUUCCACACUCAAGAUCGUCCUCCGGACCUCCCGGAGCAUGAACAAAACAAACCGGAAAAUCUGGGUGCCUUCUCAUACUACAUUGAGAUCCUCGGCAUACUAUCCAAGAUUCACGAAUUUCUGAAGCAGCCCGUAGACAUCGGCGCGCUAGGAGACGUCGAGCAAUGGCAGCUGAGAUACAAGGAGCUCGAUAAUCUCCUCGCAUCCUGGAAAUUCGGUCUUCCGGGAGAAUAUGGCAACAUGGCUAAGCUGUUUCAACCUAGCGGUAGCAAGACUCUAAACUGCGGAUGGGUUAUGCUGCAUGCGACCUAUCACACGGCCGUGAUUCGAUUACAUUCGUCGGCCGCGUACCCGACUACCAGAUCACCCAUAUUUACUCCUUCGUAUGGUGCAAGUCAGCGUUGCCUCAGCGCCGUAGAGAAUAUUGCCGCUCUCGGGGAGUUCGUCGUACAAAAUGGCAUGCUAAAUAAACUCGGCCCUCCGUUCGCUUUCACGUUGUGGGUAGCUGCCCGACUCCUUCUCGUCCACGGCUCGACAGUAGAACAUAAAUUAGCGCCACAAAUUGCCUUCCUCGUCGAUAUACUGCGAGACAUGGGUAGGUACUGGCCGGUAGCGGGGAGGUAUUGUCAGCUACUCCAACGAGUUCUCGACGAGCACAGCGACAGCGAGCGUGCAGUAGGCCAGACAGGGGAACGGAUCACACCGUCUUCGGUCAAGAUACUUGCAGACAUGAGAAGGACCGCAUUCGAUCUUGACUUCUUGAUCAGCCGCCAGCCUCGUCACCUGGCGGGUGCUCCGAGCCGCCGACCAAGCGUGACUCCAGCGCGCACGCCGGCGCCAAACGAGCUGGAGUACUUGGACGUCUUCGACUUCUUCAACGUACCACGGUUACCGUUUAGUCACGAGGCAUCUUCGGGCCCACCGAAUUCUAUCGAGAUGAGCUCGGAAAACGCGGCGAAUAACGAAGGCGGCGGUAGCGGCGGUAUGGGUAAUUCAAACGGCGUCGCGAACGAAUAUAACAUUACGAAUUUUAUGGUUGAUGCGAAUAGCGAUUGGCUCUAUAAGCAACCCAACUAGUAGCGGUAGUAGUCUAUAUUAUAGCAAAACUUGCUACUAUAUGUACCUAAACUAUCUUGUCUUGUAAUUUUAAGAGGCGAACUGGAUAUUUUCAC